CUCUCUCUAGGUAGACUGUAGUGAAGUCAUCUUGCCUCAUCUGCUCCUUUUAAGCCGGCAUUUUUGAGAGGGAGGUCCCUGGGAGGCAUAUACAAACACUCAGUCAAGCAUCCACGCUCACCCCACAAACUGCACUAGUGGCCAGCAGAGAACUGACCUAUUCCUUCACACGGAACAGAAAGUUGAAGUGACCUGACAUCAAGAUGGCAACAAAGGGAGUUGGCAUGGCUAACAAAGGUCCAUCCUAUGGCAUGAGCCGGCAGGUUCAGGAUAAAAUUGACAGCAAGUAUGACCCUGACCUUGAGCAGAUCCUGGUGGAAUGGAUUUACCGUCAGUGCGGCUCCGCUGUGGGAAGGCCAGAGCCAGGGAAAAUGGCGUUCCAGGCCUGGCUGAAGGAUGGAUGUGUCCUGAGCGAGCUGAUUAACAGUCUGUUUUCCGGAGAGAAACCUGUGAAGAAGAUCCAGAGCUCACCCAUGGCCUUCAAACAGAUGGAGCAGAUCUCCCAGUUCCUAAAUGCUGCUGAGAAGUAUGGGGUCAUCAAGACUGAUAUGUUCCAGACCGUGGACCUCUGGGAAGGUAAGGACCUGGCAGCGGUGCAGAGGACCCUGUCAGCUCUGGGCAGCUUGGCCAUUACCAAGGAUGAAGGCACAUACAAUGGAGACCCUAACUGGUUCUUCAAGAAAGCACAGGAGAACAAGCGAGAAUUCAGCGAUGAGCAGCUGAAGGCGGGCAAAAAUGUGAUUGGCCUACAGAUGGGGUCCAAUAAGGGAGCCAGUCAGGAGGGCAUGAGCUAUGGAAGAGCCCGGCAGAUCUUGUAAAAUCACUGAGCCCACAGAUACCCACAACCUCUGCAGUCCCCGAUACCCUCUUAGAGCCUGUAAGCGUCUAACCAGCCCACUACAACUCCCUUUUCAUCAUAAAGCCUUUUCUGCUUUAGAACUUUCUUUAGUUACUUUCUAAGUUUCCCCUCCUCCCUAAUCUUGACACUUGCCCCAUACCCCUUACGUAGAUGCUUGCACUGGUGACCAUUGCAGAGCUCACCAUGCUUUGUCCUUCCCACUGCAGUUAGGACCAGUGCAACUGAAUGUUUGAAGUCUUGAAUAAAUAGUAACCAUAAAAAUAACCAGUUAAUUGCCUUGGAAGUAAAAACACCAAGAUGACGAUGUGACAAGUCUUGUUGUUCCUUCUUAAUAUGAAACAGCACUCAUAUUACAGAUAACUGACGACUGUCUCAUCUGAUACAUAACAAAUGUCUGAAUUUACGGCACCAGUUUCCUACAUUUUAAAAAUAUUGGUUCUGGAUUCUGACUCAAAGAUUGAUUUAUUUAUGUAACUCACAGAAGGGACAUUCUUUUCAAUUUGAGUGGCCACACAACCCCUGGCAUACCAGUACUCCUUAAUUUUACUGUUACAGUACUGUUCAUUACCUACCACUUCCCACAAUAUUUUUGUACAUUGUCUUAUUAAAUAAUGACUUUGAAAUAUAUCUCUGAA